CAUUCCAUGGGAGUUUAGUAAACAUUUUACUGCGAUCUCUGUUUUCAACCAGAGAUGAAGCUUUCUUUGAAGAAAUAACAGCAUGUAUGUGGCUGAAGGAGAAAAAGUCCCAGAUGAUUUAUAUGAGUUGCAAGAUUCAUUCCAUCGUGGUGGAACCAUAAAUGACAUUACUGAACAUAUCAGUAGUUUGAAUGCAAACUUGCACAGCUAUGACACACCAACUAAACUGGUUGUUGACAAGUACAUGAAGGAGCAUGGCUUGGAAGUGGAACCAGAUGAGGAGGAAUUUGGCUUUGGAAAACUUCUUAUUGACUACAAGCUUCCAAAGAAGUCAACAUCAAAAAUUAGUAACAAAGAAGUUGAAGCUAAGGAAGUGUCCAAGUUUGCUGGAGUUUAUUCUGUGAGAUCUGUUUUACAAGCAACAUCUCAGAAUCCAUUGGCGACUAGUGAUACACAGCAGUCGCAUUUGUUAUCAUGGAAAAAGUCUUCCAGGAAGAAAACUGAGAAGAGUUCAACCAUGAAACCAAUGCUUGUAGAGCUGCAUGUUUACCCAGGAUAUGAACCGCAUGAUGUCACCCCACUUCCACCACCAUUCCUUGCCAAAGAAAUUCUGUUAACUGUCAUUGAUGCUCAGAGGGAUUUAAGAAAGAAACCAUCUUUUAAACGUGAAUUUCAAGCUUUUGUGUUUUCCAAGACAUCUGAGGACAUUCUGCAGGACUUGUUCUGGUGGUACUUUUUAGAAAAAUAUCAGGCCAACAAGAACAUCCAGGAAAUGUUGUUUAAUCGCAUUGCUCACAACUAUGUCAAGAUGUUGUUUACAGCCCCGGUGACACAGUACAGGGAUAAAUUUCUUAAGAGGUAUCCGGAUAUCAUGGCUCAAGCUGUGUACUGCACAUUUUGCACAGCAUUCCCAACAUCUUACAAGCAGUUUGGAGAUGAAUUCAAAGAAAGUCUGGUGCAGUUGAUCCAUGAGUGGAUUGCUGGAACCAAACCUGUACCAAGGCUUUGGGCUAAGUGGAAUUUUAGAGCAUUAGAACCCAAAGCUAUGAGAAAAGAUGAGCAGAUCAAGCAAGACGCUUCCAAAGGUUCUUUAGUUUCGCUCCCAGUUGACCUCAGCGAAGAGAAUUUGACCAAACAGAGUAGCUUGUCUUCUGUCAAGAAGUCCUUACCUCACAUUGUUGUGGAUGAGAAACCGUCAAUACAAAGUAGCUCCACAUUACUGCCAGGCCGUGACAUCAGGAGAAAGUCCGUUGCAGUGAGAAAAUCGUCUCAAAACAUUAAUGUGACCAAUAGCGAAGAGUUUCGUGACUCCAUCGGUCAUCUGGCUCCACCUGACGCAAGCGAGGAUAGCGGAUCUGCGACGCCACAAACUUUGAGUCGCCUGCAGGCAAAAGUGUCUUCUUACUCGGUGUUUGCUGGUGUGCAUAAAUUGAAUCGCGCAGAUAAACGAAGAGAGUCAUGUCCAGUCGGUAGAGGCCCAGAGUUCUCCCGUUGUGUGUUCGAUGUUUAUGGUCACAGCCCGCUUGUGGAACAGUUUCUUCGGAUGCAGAAGUUGGCAAAAGAUUCAGGAACGUCCGUAUUGAUUCAGAGAACUGAAAUCAAGUCACUGCCACCAUUAUCCGCCCCGACUUACAGAGAGGUGAUCAGAAACUCUCUCAAGAUCUCACAAGCGUUGACUAGUGAUUUUAAAAAACUGGACGAAGAGAACUCUCACCAACGAACUUUAUUUGCCCGCAAACAGAAAGAAGCCAAUAAAGACUUCACCAGGCGCGAAGGAGAGUUAUUGGCACGUCAGAAAGAUGUGAAGAAGAUAAGCGAGCUGAUAUAUUUAGAACUCACGAAAGACGGAGAUGAACAAAGCAGUGGAAAGGUCGCCGCAGCCGUUGCUUCAGCCAUGGGGUAUGGGAUGGAGAGCGAAACCAGUUAAACGGGUUUUAGUGUGGCUGGCAAGUCAAGUUUGUUUUACCGUUACUCAUGAGGAGUGUAAUGCGUAAUUUGGAAAGUGCUGGGAAACUGGCAGAAACGUGGCUUUCUAGUUGUAAUUUUAUCUCGUACAAUUCCAACACAACUCUAUUUAUUUUGAUAAUACUUGUACAUAUGGCUGAUUCAAAUUCUUAUUUUUGUAUUUGUAUGACCUUGUAAUUUAUCAACUU